CGGUUUUGUGCAACACUAGCCGGGCGUGGUGAAGUGCGGCUGCGCGACAAUCGCGUUUUCGUUUUCUCAAUGAAGCAAACAAAAUCCAAGACUGAAUUAUGAAUCUCUUAAUAUUAACAUACAUAAUAUGUACAACAGUAUUAGAACUAUGCACAUCACAAGAUUAUGCAUCUCCUACAUACAAUCCAGAUUUCAGUCAGACAAACCCAACAAAUGAUUACCUCAACUCUGACCCAAAGUAUGACAACCCAUAUGAUCCAAACCGGAGAUAUCAAAACCGCAAUCAGAACUAUCCAAACCAACAAUAUGAUCCCAAUCGUCCUUAUGACCCUAAUAGGAGUCAGUAUGACCCAAACAGGGGUCAAUAUGAUCCUACUCGCACCCAAUAUGAACCAGAUCAGAGAUACAAUCAGUUUGAGAACCGGAAUCCAGAUGUGAACUACAAUGUGAAUCAGUACACUCCUGAAAAUACUCCUAGACCAUCCUGGGAUAGCAGCAGGACAUACAGUACUUCUUUUAAGGGUGCUCCUUUGGAACAUGAGAGUGUCAUUAUCAAUGAAGCAACAUACUUUAUAGUAGCAUCCAAGAUGGUGCGGCCUGGCCAAAUAUACAAGAUAUCAGCUAACAUCCUGCAGGCACGCAUGCAGAUGACCAUCAGAGCUUCCAUUUCUUGCAAUGGAGUGGAAAUUGCUGAUGUCAACCAGAGAGUCAAGGAAGGAGUGCCUGAGAUAUUAAAUAUGAGGGUACCUCCAACUACAGUGCCAGGAGAUUAUAAGCUUCGUGUUGAAGGCCUGUACCUGGAUACACCGUUCGGAGGGCGCGCCUUCGUCAACGAAUCUCAACUGAUGUUCUCCAGGCGGUUCAUGACUAUAUUUAUACAGAUGGACAAACCAGUCUACAUGCAGGGACAAACUGUUCGCUUCCGAGUGAUUCCCAUAAACACGGAAUUAAAGGCAUUCGGGCGAGCUAUCGACGUGUACAUUCUCGAUCCUAAUGGCCGCAUCAUGAAGAGAUGGUUAUCCAGACAGAGUAACUUCGGUACAGUGAGUCUGCAGUAUCAAAUGUCGGACCAGCCUCUCUUUGGCGAGUGGUCCAUCCGGGUAGAGGCAUUGGGACAGAUUGAAGAGACGACAUUCCUUGUUGAAGAAUACUACCAGACCAGAUAUGAGGUCAACGUAACGAUGCCAGCGUUCUUCUUCAACACGGAGCCGUUUAUUCACGGCCGCAUUAUGGCGAACUACACAUCAGGUGCGCCGGUGCGAGGCAACCUGACGCUGAAGGCGACCAUCCGGCCUAUUCCGCAGUACCGGCCCAGGUACUACACCCAGGGACAGUUCAAUAACCGAGGACAGUUUGGAGUCCCUGCCGGGUAUGGAGGCAAUCAGUAUACUAGAGUUCGUCAAAACUAUCCAUUCAACAAUGGCUAUAGCAAUGGUUACAAUAAUGGCUACAAUGACACCAACUACCAACAACAGUAUGACAACAACUAUGGACAGUCGUAUAUAGACGAGUAUGGCAGAGUUGUGAACAAGGAGCCGCGCUAUAUACCGGGACAACCCAACCAGUUGGAACAGCCUGACUGGUGGUACGACCCACAGAAAGUGGUUACUAGGAUGUUUAACUUUGAUGAAAAGUAUCCAUUUUGGAUGCCGAAGCCGGACCCGACUCAAUACGCGAUCGAGCACAGCAACAACAAUAACAACCCGAACUACAACACGUACACCACUACGACGACAUACAACAAUUACUACAACAAUCCCUACUACGAUCAGUUGCCUUACUUGAGAUUUUUCAACGGUACAUACGACUUCAAAUACCCGAUGUCGGAGUUGGCCCAACUGGUCCCAACGCUGGACGGCGUGGAGGUGAUCAUCACGGCGUCAGUGGGCGACCCCUUCCUGGACGAGGUCAUCGAGGGCUACAGCAUCGCUAGAAUCUUCAACUCUUCGCUACAAGUCACCUUCCUCGGUGGCACCCCUCAAGUUUUCAAGCCUUCCAUGCCUUUUGAUGUUUAUAUGGUGGUGUCGUACCACGACGGGUCCCCGCUGCCGCGGUGGCAGGCGCGCGGCGUGUCGCUGCAGGUUCACGUCGUCGUGGAGGGACGCGGCGGCGCCGUGGAGCCCCAGCAGCCCACGCUCGUGCCCGGACACGACGCCGUCUGGCAUCUCAAGCUCGACCUCUACAAGCUGCUGCGUCUUCAAUCGGACCCGAAUUACAGAGAAGUUCUGAAUAGUGUGACGGGCGUGCGCCUGAGUGCGCAACUAGUGGACGCCGUGGGGUCCCACGCCUCCGCCGACGUACACUUCGUGGCACACUACAGCGCCAACAACCAACACAUCCGCAUCGCCACCUCCACCACCGACGCCAGGGUGGGCGAGUACAUAAUCUUCCACGUACAAAGCAACUUCUACAUGGAGUCGUUCAACUACGUGGUCAUGUCCAAAGGUAUCAUUCUCACUAGCGGACAGGAGAUCAUGCAGGAGGGUGUCCGUACGUUCGCGGUGACGGUAUCAGCGGAGAUGGCGCCGGUGUCCACGGUACUGGUGUGGAGCGCCGAGCGGAGGGGACAUGUACUCGCUGACUCAUUGACCUUCCCAGUCAACGGCAUCUCCAGGAACAAUUUCACAGUGUUCAUAAACAACCGCAAGCACCGCACGGGCGAGCGCGUCGAGGUGGCCAUCUACGGGGAGCCCGGCGCGUACGUAGGGCUCUCCGCCAUCGACAACACCUUCUACACCAUGCAGGCCGGGAACGAACUUACUUAUGCCAAGGUGAUAUCAAAGAUGUCUCACUUCGAUGAGUCUACUAAUGGUACAUUCGCGUACACGUGGCGCUCCCACUUCGGCGACGCAGACGACCUCGUUUACUUCCCAUCUUCCACCUUCGGUAUCGACGCCAACAGGACCUUCGAGUACGCGGGGCUGCUGGUGUUCAGCGACGUGUCGGUGACGCGGCGGUACAGUACGUGCAACGUGUCGCAGGGCUACGGCGAGUGCCUCGAGGGGGGCUGCUACCCCCUCACCAAGCGAUGCGACGGAGCCUACGACUGCCCCGACCAUACCGACGAGUCCAACUGUGAAAAUGACUUCCACAAGUCAUUCGAGCUGACCCAUUUCCGCAAGUUCCGAUUCAACCGCGUGCAGAGACAGUAUGACAAUGUUUGGCUCUGGAGGGACGUGAACAUCGGGCCACACGGACGAUAUGUCUUCACCGUCGAUGUUCCACAGAUACCAGCUCACUGGAUAGUGUCAGCGUUCAGUAUGUCGCCCAGUCUUGGUUUGGGUAUGCUGACGGAACCUAAGCAAUACGUAGGCGUGCUGCCGUUCUUCAUAAAGGUGGAGGGUCCGGCGUCGUGCCGGCAGGGCGAGCAGGUGGGGCUGCGGGUGGUCGUCUUCAACUACCAGCCGCAGGACAUCGAGGCCGUCGUCGUACUCUCCGCCUCGCCAGACUACAAGUUCGUGCAUGUCGAGGAGAAUGGCAUUGUCCGGUCGUACAACCCGCGCACGUCGUUCGGCGAGCACCAGUUCUUCGUGUACAUCAGCGCGGGGGACGCGGCCACCGUGUACGUGCCCGUCGUGGCCACGCGCCUCGGGGACGUGCACGUACGCCUGCACGCCGCCACGCUCAUGGGACAACACCACUAUGUCAAGAAGAUCAACGUACAGCCGGACGGUCUUCCUCAAUACCGUCACCAGUCAGUUCUGUUGGACCUUUCGAACCGAGCGUACGUGUUCCAAUACAUGCACGUUAACGUGACGGAGACCCCGAUCAUCCCGUACGAAGUGGACAGGUACUACGUGUUUGGCUCCAACAAGGCGAGAAUAUCUAUCGUAGGUGAUGUCGUCGGACCUCUCUUCCCGACUAUGCCUGUUAACGCUACCAGCUUACUACAUUUGCCUAUGGACUCAGCUGAACAGAACAUGUUCAGUUUCGCGGCGAACAUGUACCUGACGCUGUACAUGCGUCUCAUCAACCAGCGGAACAGGACCCUGGAACGCGAUGCCUUCUACCACAUGAACAUACUGUACCAACGACAGCUGUCUUUCAUGAAGCCUGACGGGUCCUUCAGCUUGUUCAGGAGUGAUUGGAACCAAUCUGCAUCAAGUGUAUGGUUAACCUCAUUCUGCGCGAAAAUAUUCCAAGAUGCGUCGUUCAACGAGUGGGAGAACUUUAUUUACAUCGACCCUGAGGUGAUAUCAAUGGCGGUAUCAUGGGUGUUGGACCACCAAACUCCGGAAGGUGCAUUCUACGAAGUCACAUGGCUACCCAACAGGAACGACAACGCUACCAUCGUGGUGCCCAAGAACAGCUCGCUGUAUAGGGAAGCCUUCAGCAAUACUGGAUGGCACGAUCCUAGUGCUAUAGAAGUAAACGAUUCUAUAAUAAUGCAGCGAAACAUCACAUUGACUGCUCAAGUAGUUAUCACAUUGGAAACUGUUAAAAACCUCAAGGACAUUGGAGUGAGAGAGGGGCUGAGCGCGCGCGUGUCGUCGGCGCAGCAACGCGGCGUGCGCUGGCUGGAGCGGCAUCUGCGCGUCCUGCACGACCACGGCGACCCCUACACGCUCGCGCUCGUCGCGCACGCGCUUACAUACUCCAAGGCGCCCAGCUCCGAGCACGCCUACCGACUGCUCAAGCGACACCAGCGGUACGAGGGUGGUCUAAGUUACUGGGGCAAGGAGCCAGUACCGCAGCCUCCUUACAAGAUGGAGAACCAGAAACCCUUCCUUCUGCCUCGCCUGCCGUACAAGUACGACUCCAACAACAUCGCGGCUACGGCGUACGCGCUACUAGCGUGUAUGGACCACCAGGACAACAACGAGCCUAUCGUCAUGUGGCUCAACUCGCAACGAUUGCAAGAUGGCGGCUGGGCUUCCACACAGGACACGUACAUAGCUCUGCGCGCCCUGAUCGAGUACACGAACCGCAAGCGCCUGCGCGACGUGUCGUCCCUGACCGUGAGCGUGGACGCCGUGGCCCUCGCCGGGGACACCCGGACACUGCACGUCAAGAACGACAACCUCGCCGUCAUGCAGUUCAUUGAUAUCCCAGAAGCGUGGGGCACGGUGAAGGUGACGGCCCGCGGCGCCGGGUACGCGAUCCUGCAGAUGUCGGUGCAGUACAACGUGGACAUCGCGCGCUUCCAGACGCCGCCGCCUGUCAACUGCUUCUCCCUCGUCUCCUCGCACCACUUUUACGGAAGAAAUCAGUCGCAUAUCGAGUUCCAGGGUUGUGCCAGCUGGACGUUAACCCAAGAGUCGCCUCGAUCUGGUAUGGCGGUGCUGGAAGUAGGCGUGCCGACGGGCUACAUGAUACAGCAACAAAAACUCGACGCAUACGUACUGGCGCGCAAGGUGCCCACUCUGCAGCGAGCCAAGUAUCUACCUACUAAGAUACUAUUCUACUUUGACUAUUUGUCUGAGGAGCCGACAUGUGUGAACUUCACAAUAGAGCGCUGGUUCCCGGUCGCCAAUAUGUCUCGAUACCUACCAAUGCGUGUCUAUGACUAUUAUGCUCCUGAACGAUUCAACGAAAGUAUAUUCGACGCCCUGCCGACAUAUCUCCUGAACAUUUGCGAAGUGUGUGGUUCCUCCCAGUGUCCAUACUGCGCUAUCUACAAUAACGCGCGACGUUUGGCGCUCGCAACUCCAUUACUCCUCAUAGCCAUUGCCGUAACCGUCGCACGCUACAUACGACCACAAGUCUCUCUCUAUGGAAUCUCAUAGGUAUGUACAAGCUAUUAUUUUAUAGAUAUUCGAUAAAAUAUGGAAUUGAAUACCAAAACUGUACGCUUUAUUAACAGAAUAUCUCUAUUUUUGCCCGAAAAGUAUGUAUGUAAGGAUUUUUUGAUACCAGUGACCUUAUUAUUUGUAAAAUUAUUACUCUUCUUGUCCCAGGGGCAAGUUCAAGGGGUCAUAAUUGUAUGUGAUUUCAACAAUCAUUCUGUUAAUAGGCCAUUUUAAUGUUGCAAGCAGCUAACAUUCAUUGUGUAGAUAGAAUAAUUAAUUAAUUAAUAAUUAAAACAUUUUAGAGACAAAAUAAAAUCAUAAAUGAUUUAUUUUUAUUUUAUAACAAUUAUUUGCAUGUUGACUAAAAUGAUAAUCUAAAAGACAAUAGUAUGAGUGAUAGAUGAUAAAACGGAUAUUGAAUACGAGUAUUUUAGGGCAUAUGUAUGUAUUUCUUAAUCACUCAUAAAAUCUGAGCAGCUAUAUAAAACUGAAUGCAUAACAGCAAAUUCGAGAUGAAUAAUUUUGUAAGCUAUGUGUCAAAAAUUACACAAAAAUAUUUUGAACAGUACUGGCAGCUGCGUUUUAUUCAAUAAGAUUAAAUUCUAUCGGUAGCUAUAAGCCACUGAAGCAUGUAUAGAUAAAAUAAAGUAAAAGCAUUCUUUAUUUGGUACUAUCUGAAAAAUAGUAUUAAGAAUGCCAAAAGUGAGACUGCUACAGCAUUCGCUAUUACAAAACACGAAAGUUGUUCCAAGGGCACCUAUCUAUGAUCCAGUAUUGCGACCUGGGUUCCAUACUAACCACCGUUUAGAUAUAAAUUGUAAUGAAAUAAAGAUACCUAAACCAGUUUAUUUGUAAGGAAAACGCCUGAUACUCACAACUGCUUUGUAGUUAAGGAAAAACAAGUUUUAAUCCUUUUGCCACAAUUAAGUUGUAUUUGUUACUAAAAUAUAUUAUAUAGGAAUUUGAACGAUUGCUAUAAAUCAAACUGCAACUCAAGAAACAAAUACACAGGUCUUCCAAAAUAAUUCAAUUGCACUGCUUAUAAACUGGUAAUAUCCCCAUUCCAUAAAGUAUUUUAAAUAACUUGUCAACCUCAAUUCCUUUCUCCAUUCCAAUUUAGUGUUAGUUAAGCAAGUGUUCAUCUUAGUUUAAGCAAAAACAGACAUGUAUUGUGGUGUUGUAAUUAUGUGUGCAUUGUCUAUUUAUCAGCUGAUG